AUGUGGCAGUACCGCACCACUCACGCGCGACCCCAUCAAUGCACGCAGCCCACAUUCCCGAGACCCCACCCACGUCCUACCCACAAAAAUCCCCACCCACCCACCCACGAUCCCAUCUCCUGCGGUCCUGCCUCCCUUCUCUCGAUCCCCACCGCACCACCACUCGCCUCUGCCUCGUCGGACACCGACGCCGCGUCCUCUCGCCGGACCCCGGCGCCGCGUCCCCUCACCGGACCCCGCCGCAUCCCCUCGCGGGACCCCGCCGCCUCCCAUCGCCGGAAGGGGGCGCUCCUCGACGCCGCGUUGGCCGAGGCCAACCGGGAGCGGCGCUCUCCAACGACGGCGCCGCCGCCGACGUCGACGACUAGGAGGACAAGGAUGUACAGGCCCCCGUGUUCGCCCGCGCCACCGGGCACCACCGCCUCCGCCUGCAUCCGGCGCCGCCUUGGACAAGGAGGAACCACCGAGGCGACGGGCACGAGCAGGGCACGGCCGCUGCGGGCGGGCGGCGCUAGCAGGGCAGCCGGUGCGGGAGGCCGUUGCGAGCGAUGCUCGGGCGGGCGGUGCUAGCAGGGCGCAGGCGAGCAGGGCCGUGCGACCACGCGUCCAGCAUGGACGGGCGGCGUUUCGGAGACCAGGGUCGGCCACGGUUGCUGCGGGCCGGUGCGGGCAGGGCAGCCGGCACGGGAGGCCGCUGCAAGCGACACACGGGCAGUCGGCGCUAGCAGGGCGCGGGCCAGCUAGGCCGUGCGUCUGCGCGGCCAGCAUGGCCGGGCGGCUGCGCAGUGGCACGGCUAGGCAAGCAGGGCAAGGCGGCGGUAGUGCAUCGCCGCCCAGAAGGACGGCCGGCGGUCAAGUCCCUGUUCCUGCAGUGGAGAAGGACUUGAUUGUUUUUUUUACUUUCUAGGGUCCUUUGUGUAAAUUUUCAGGACAGCUGUGUAACUUCUCUGUAACUCCACCUACAAUGAAUGAAAGGUAGCACGGCCGUGUCGAAUGAAUGAAAGGUAGCACGGCGAA